AUGCAGUAUGCAUUCAGAUAUAAAUCCAAUAGCCAAUUACAAAGAAUUCGAUUUUUUGUGCUGUUUCUCAUCACUACGAAUUUGCUACUCAGGUUGUUGUUUAUAGUCAAUCCUUUGUUCUUCAUGUUUCAUCAAACUACCAGAGAAUCUUAUACCAUCCGUGUCUUUUCUGGAUUUACUUCGUUUGACGAGAUUUCAACCAUUUUUGCUUUGUUCUACUCGAUCAUUUUUCUGAUCUUCGUUGUGAAAUAUAAAAGGACAGGUAUUUUAAAUUGCGCGUGGAUUCAGAUACUUGAGUUAGUCAGUGUUUUCAUCAGGAUCACACGAUUUCUAUACUAUCAAAAAUACAGUUUCUUCGCCAAAGAACUUCUUGCUAGAGAAUACGCUAUGAUUACAGGUAUAGCACUAACGUACUGCAUCCUCACGCUUUUAACGUUCAUAUUCACACUGAAAGUAACGAAAUUAAUGAAAAAUUCGGAUGUUGUGUAUAAUGCAAAUGCAGUCUCAAUACUAGUCUGA